UCCAGACCGUAUCCCCUUCACAGCGGCAUGAUCGUCUGCAGUAAACAAAAAGUCUUGAGGUCCAGUCCCGUGUGUGUUUGAAUGAAAUUACCAUGAAACCAGGGUCAACACGGCGAACAAAACAGUGACAAAUUCCAGUACAACUUCCCUUCUCCCCACACAUCCCAGUCAAGAAGGAGAAGGACCCAGCGAAAUGUCAGCCGAAGUGGCAUCGAGUUCGGCUGUCCAGGAUGGCCCGAGGAAGACCUUAUUUACCCCGCAGGAGAUCGACCAAAUCGCCAAGUUCCUCGUAGCGAACCAGAGGAGAGAAAGGGAAAAUGUCAUUAUUCCAAGGACCUUUGUUCCUGUGGUGAUCAAGGGGAGAGAAGAGAAGACAGUAGAGGCGAUAUUCGAGAGCUGUCCUUUCAAGGCGGUGUUGUCUCUCAUGGCAGGCUUUGUCCUUGGUGGUGGUAUUGGUCUAUUUGCCGCCAGUGUGACACCAACUAUACCAACCCCAGAAAAACCUACACAGUCAGCCCGAGAGGUUCUCAGAGAACUAAAAGUUUCUACACUUUCAUACGGUAAAAAUUUUGCUGCUAUUGGAUUCCUGUUUUCAGGGAUAGAAUGUGGGAUUGAAUCAUACCGUGGGAAGAGCGACUGGAAAAAUGGAACGUAUGCUGGAGGUCUCACAGGAGGUCUUCUUGGAAUUAGAGCUGGAGUGAAGGCCGGAGUACUUGGUGCCUGUGGAUUUGCAGUUUUCUCCUUUGCUAUUGAUUACUACAUGAGAGGAGGACUCUGAUUUUUUUUUUUUUUUUCUGGGGGGGGGGGUGCAGUAGGGGUAAAAAAGAUUUAUGUGAUGUGUUUUUUAUGAAAAGAUUUACCUUCAAGGUUUCCCAUAACAUUGUUUAUUCAUGUGGCAAGAUGGCAGUGAUGUCCUCUAAAAUAUUCAGAACUUGUAAAUUACAACUUUUAUAAAGUUGAAUUUAGAGAUUUGUGAUACAGAUAUCAUGUUUUCAGAUAGUGUAUGGUUUUAAGAAAGAUUAUAACAUACAUUGGAAUUGAGAGGUAUUCUCUUUCUAUUUGUUUAAAUGGACAAAUUACAUGCAGGUAACAAGCAAUAAAUCUGCUUAUUAUUGUUGUAGAAUUUAUUUCAGAAAUCACCUUAAAUUGGCAUGAUUUGUAAAAUAUUAGAAAGAUAAUGCUUCCAUGAUGAGGUACUAUGUUGGCUUAAAGAUUUUCAAAUUUCAGAAAAAAAUAUUUGUUAUGUAAGAACCAUUUCUGUAUGAAAAUCCUGUUUUCCAAAUUUCAUUUUUUCUCUAAUGAACGGUAAAUACUGUACAAUCUGUAGAGUUUGAUGUAUCUACAAACCUAAGAAAGGGCCUGGUACAGUUUGAUGAAGUGAAGUGGCUACAUGGUUAAUUAAAUUAUGUAAACAGUGAAUUAUUGUUUAAAGCUAACAUAGCAGAAUAUUGUAAUUGAGUAUGCAUUUCUCUAUUUUUGUUAAGCAAAAGGAGUACCUGGCCAAUACCUAGAGUGCUUGUUAACCACUUCAUCACUAAGCUUAGUCUGCCAAAUGAUGUUAGCUUUGUACUUUUAUUUGUUAAUACUGUUGAUCUAUUUUCAUAUAUGAUAUGUAUAUACAGUGUAUAUGACAUAAGAUGUGUAAAUAAAAUUGAACAAGAAA